UGUGUCCUGUAGUCCUAGACAUAAGUCACAGUAAGUAACAUAUUCAUGUACUGGGUCUCUCUGUGUCUUGUAGUCCUAGACAUAAGUAACAGUAAGUAACAUAUACAUGUACUGGGUCUCUCUGUGUCCUGUAGUCCUAGACAUAAGUCACAUUUGGUGCCUGGAAUCUGCUUGGAUCAAACAAGAUGGCACGGCGUCUGCCUUACCGGUUGUAUUUUAUGUGUCUUUGUGGACUAUACCUAGUGAUGGUGUUUGUCUUCCAUGGACGUCUACAGCUAGACAUCACCAAGACACAAUUCACCAGUCGCCAUAAACUUAACAGUCACAGUCUGAUGAACGUGGUUGGUAAGGCUGCAAGUCAGUCAAACCCAGAACAACAUGGAGUCCGGCAGUUACGCCACAUUAAACGUGCUGUCAAUGACAAAGUUGUCAAUGCCACCCAACAGGUGGCGCUGAACGAUUGGCGUUCAUCAUGUUUGCUAAAUUCAGAUUCAAAACAGUUCACCUAUGUUCCUGUGAAGCCUAAAGUAUUCUAUGUUUAUUCGGCCUACCUAGAUAAACGAGAUGAGGCUCCGGUUGUCAGGGUAAUAGCGCUUAUUGUAAGGGGUAAGAAAAGUAAGAUAGAUGUCAAAUGUCUUUUUCGUGUUGGUGCUAAAGAAUUUGUAAUGAACGCUACGAUAUAUGAAAUGUGUGAAAAUCAUAAUAGAAGGUUUGGUGGAUAUAUUCUCUCUUGUUCCCUCCCAAACAUUGUCAGACAACCAUGCCAGGUGGCCAUUACCUAUGUUGACAGUGAAUUGGGAGAAAAAUUUGAGAAGCUCACACGCAAAUAUAUUACACUCAACAUUAUGAAGAUAGAGCCCGAGUCGGCUCCCUUUAAGUUUGGAGUAUGUAUUCCUCCACUGUUUGGAGAUGUUAAAAAGUCAAGCAUUGUGGAGUUUAUAGAACUGACAAAGCUGUUAGGCUCACAACAUUUUGUGUUUUAUGAUUUCAAUAUUACUAGUAAUGGUACCAAAGAGGUAUUAGAUUAUUAUGCCAAAGAAAGGACAGUUACCGUUAUACCCUGGAAACUACCUAGCCAUAUUGAAGAACGUGACAUCUGGUACCAUGGUCAGCUGCUGGCUCAUAACGACUGUUUAUAUCGAUCAAUGAGUUUAAUGAAUGUGGUCGCUAUUAAUGACAUUGAUGAGUACAUUAUUCCUCAUGACAAUUAUCCUACCUGGAAUUCAUCUUUGAUGCCUAUUAUGACCAAUAACGUUGUAGGCCUUAGUUUUAACAGUGCUUUUUAUGACCCCCAUGCAGGUAAGAAUCAUCCUUCUGGUUUGAUUACAAUUGGCAAUACAGGACGGUCAAAACUGUUCAGCAGAAUACGAACCAAGGUCAUGUUAAAACCAGACAAAGUGUUCGAGGUUGGAAUUCAUCAUGUCAGUAAACCUGCCAAAGAAAGAUAUGUGAUCAAGAAAGUGGAGAACGAUAUAGCGUACCUUCACCAUUACAGGAAGUGUGUGUCUAACUACGGAAUGAGAUGUACAGAGUUUCAGCAGGACGACUCUGUCAACAAGUACUAUGACAAGUUAAAACUCAACUUUGAUUUCAUCAUGAAUAAAUUUGGUCACACUGAUUCAGAGCUAGGAUCACAAUGAUGUUAAAAGUAUUUAAUUCAUGGUGAAUAUGACUGUAUUAGCUCAGUCUACAUAGAUUUUAUGUGUGAAGGGGCAAUAUGCCGUACUUAAUAAAAAGGAAACCGCUCAGUAUAGGAUCAUUAUAAUAUAGACAGUUUGGUGCUUUCAUUUGUAUUCAGUAUGCAUGUGAGAUCUUAUUUAAAAGGAAAUGAUUGCCAGAUAGUCCCAGAUUUAUAACAAUGUGGAACCAUUGUUUUAUUAAAUGUAGCAAUAGUUUAAAGUUAGUUAAAACAACACGUUGGUAAAGGAUAUGAUAUACUGUUUAACCUCCAGCUUUGUCAUGUGUUGUCAUACAAUUAUGUAGAGAUAUAUGUGUUGUCAGACAAGUGUGUAGGGAUGUAUGUGUUGUCAUACAAGUAUGUAGAGAUGUAUGUGUUGUCAUACAAGUGUGUGGGGAUGUAUGUGUGUUCAUACAAGUGUGUGGGGAUGUAUGUGUUGUCAUACCAGUGUGUGGGGAUGUAUGUGUUGUCAUACAAGUGUGUAGAGAUGUAUGUGUUGUCAUACAAGUGUGUGGGGGUGUAUGUGUUGUCAUACAAGUAUGUAGGGAUGUAUGUGUUGUCAUACAAGUGUGUAGAGAUUUAUGUGUUGUCAUACAAGUGUGUGGGGGUGUAUGGGUUGUCAUACAAGUAUGUAGGGAUGUAUGUGUUGUCAUACAAGGGUGUGGGGAUGUAUGUGUUGUCAUACAAGUAUGUGGGGAUGUAUGUGUCAUCAUACAAGUGUGUGGGGGUGUAUGUGUGGUCAUACAAGUGUGUGGGGAUGUAUGUGUUGUCAUACAAGUGUGUGGGGAUGUAUGUGUGUUCAUACAAGUGUGUGGGGAUGUAUGUGUUGUCAUACAAGUAUGUGGGGAUGUAUGUGUCAUCAUACAAGUGUGUGGGGUUGUAUGUGUGGUCAUACA